GUCUUGCAGAACACUGAUGAGACAUGUGUCACUGGGUACUGCUUUCACAUCCCACUUUGAAGGGUGGGGGCUGAGCACCGUUCCUGCACGUGAUCCUAGCGCCUCUUUAUUAUUGGCUCCUUCAGGGACAAGGCGGUCGGGCGCGGACGCCCGGGAUUGGUGUUUCAGGGCAGCCGGGUGGGACUCUGGCAGCUGCCGCGGGAGGUCUGGACACUGGCGGCCAUGGAACUCGCCGGUAUUAGACGACGCAUAUCUCAGACUGGAUUACUCUAAGGACUAAUGCCUACACCGUCUCAGCAUGGCCUAUCGAAGAAGAGGACGGCAUGGCCAUCCUCGCUCAGCUACCCGCUACCGUGCUGGUCGUGGAAAUCUUUACACAUUUAGAACCCGUACCCAUAAUAUAUGCAUGGUGUCGGAUUUUUUCUACCCGAAUAUGGGAGGCGUGGAAAGCCACAUUUACCAGCUCUCUCAGUGCCUGAUUGAAAGAGGACACAAGGUCGUAAUUGUCACCCAUGCUUACGGAAAUCGCAAAGGCAUCCGUUACCUCACGAAUGGCCUCAAAGUCUAUUACUUGCCUCUGAAAGUCAUGUACAACCAGUCUACAGCCACGACCCUGUUUCACAGUCUGCCAUUGCUCAGGUACAUAUUUGUUCGGGAGAGAGUCACAAUAAUCCAUUCACAUAGUUCCUUUUCUGCCAUGGCCCAUGAUGCCCUCUUCCAUGCCAAGACAAUGGGGCUCCAGACAGUCUUCACGGACCAUUCCCUUUUUGGAUUUGCUGAUGUCAGCUCGGUGCUUACAAACAAGCUUCUAACUGUGUCUCUUUGUGACACAAACCACAUAAUUUGUGUCUCUUAUACUAGUAAGGAAAACACUGUACUAAGAGCAGCACUGAAUCCUGAAAUAGUGUCCGUCAUUCCUAAUGCUGUAGAUCCUACUGACUUCACUCCAGACCCAUUUAGAAGGCAUGAUAGUAUAAUAACUAUUGUUGUUGUCAGCAGACUUGUUUACAGAAAAGGGACCGAUUUGCUUAGUGGUAUAAUUCCUGAACUCUGUCAGAAAUAUCCAGAUUUAAAUUUCAUAAUUGGAGGAGAGGGACCAAAGAGAAUCAUUUUGGAAGAAGUACGGGAAAGAUACCAGCUACAUGACAGAGUGCGUCUCUUGGGAGCCUUAGAACAUAAGGAUGUUAGAAAUGUCUUAGUUCAAGGACAUAUUUUUCUUAAUACGUCCCUCACCGAAGCAUUCUGCAUGGCAAUUGUGGAAGCAGCCAGUUGUGGUUUACAGGUUGUAAGUACCAAGGUUGGUGGAAUUCCUGAAGUACUUCCAGAAAAUCUUAUUAUUUUAUGUGAACCUUCUGUAAAAUCUUUGUGUGAGGGACUGGAAAAAGCUAUUUCCCAACUGAAGUCAGGAACAUUGCCAGCUCCAGAAAAUCUCCAUAACAUAGUAAAGACUUUCUACACGUGGAGGAAUGUUGCCGAGAGAACUGAAAAAGUGUACGACCGGGUGGCAGGAGAAGCUGUGUUACCGAUGGACAGACGACUGGACAGACUCAUCUCUCACUGUGGCCCAGUAACAGGCUGCAUUUUUGCUUUGUUGGCCGUAUUCAACUUUCUCUUCCUCAUUUUCUUGAGAUGGAUGACUCCAGAUUCUGUCAUUGAUGUUGCAAUAGAUGCCACAGGGCCAAAGGGUGCCUGGACUCAUCAAUAUCCUUACAGUAAAAAACGGGGUGAGAAUAAUGAGAUAUGUAAAAUCAGGUAGAAGGAAGCCUGGAUUGGAAGUUUUUAAACAUUUGUAAUCAUUCUAUCAAGACUAUUGAAAAUAACCUUGCUCUUUCUUUUUUUUAAAAGUUAAUUUAGUAAGUUAUGCUACCUCUAUAUCAUUCAAUGUUUUAUUUUGAGGAAAGAGAAAAACUUAUGCAAUUCCUGAGUGUAGAAACUCCUUGCACUUAUUUAAAAUUUAAGAGAGAACAUUUAAGCCACUCAGGUAUGACCUUUCCCAGACUACUGAAAUCCCUCUAGCAGAGAUGUUUUCAUAUUAUAUUUUGGGAGCUUUGGGUGCUGAAGGGCCAAAUGUUUUCUGGACAUUUUUUUGGCCAAUUUUAAGUGUUCUAUCAUUAACUAGAUAGCUACCAGAUGUUUACAAGUCACAUUCUUGGACAUUUAUCAUGUAUACUCAGUGUUACAAGUGAUCAGCAGGUUUCGUGAGUGGAAGGAUCCGUCACUUACCAGCGUGUUUUAAGCACCUACUAUGUGGAGAACACUGAGCUAAAUACUUCCUGCCGUGAAGGACCAGGGUACAUUUGCUGUUUAUCAUUCAAAUGACUGACUUCACUGCGAUCACAGUUGACAUGAAAUGGUGAAAUAUCCAACAUGCCAAAAAUGCUCAUGCUUUUACUACGAGGAAACAAUUGCCCCCAUGCUCCGGGUACUUCUUUGAGCCUGUUGUACGCAUUCUCCUAGGUGGAGCCGUCAUCUUCAGUUGUGAUGAUGAAAAUGCCGUUUGCUUUUUAAUUACUAGGGACCGAUAUCACUGUUGAUGAGAAUGCAGAGAAAAACCCUCCACCGCUUUCAGUGUAUAAUUUAGUCCUCUGUAAAUGCCUUUGUGUUUUCCGAACAGAAUGUAUGAGGUAUGCCAUCUCAAACUCAGAUGCUACCCUGUACCUUUGAGAGAAGUCACUUCCCUUCACUUGUGGCCUACCUGAUGUCUGAUAUGUAUUGUCAGUGUGCAAAAGUCUUUACCCCCAGGAUGUUUUGUUUAUAGCGAAUUGAGUCUGAAAAUUGUAGGAACACAAGUCUCUUUGUGGAUGGAUGUGUUGCUAACUGUACUUGUUGUCCAGAGCCAUGGGUUUUUGAACCCCAAAUUAUCCACAUGGUGUGUCUUAUUAUGGGACUCCUUAGAAUAAAUUUUUGUGAUAAAGGACUGAAAUCAAAAGAAUGAGGCACGUGUGGGUGCACUAGAUAGAUUCUGCCAGUAUUGUGAUUCUGUACAGGAUUUUUUUUAAUGACAAUAUUUACAAAACUUCUUGUUGGAAAGUAUCUUAACAUGCCUAGUAACUGGAUGCCACUGAUAUAGAAGAAAUAUAUUUGUGUUUCCUACUAAAACACAGAUGCAAGAGUGUAAUUUUUAAAGUCUAGAAAUUAAGGGUUCUUCAGUAAAGAAAAAUGGACUGACCCAAACCAUUAAAUCUUUUUGGGAUUUUUAUGCAAAGAAAUUGAUUUAUGUAAAUAUGGAAUAAACAGUGCCAAUAUUCAUGAUAAAGCGUGAUCUGUAACAUUUGGUUUUAUUUAAUCAGUAAUUUUUAAAAGCAUACUACUAUUUUUUCUUACCUUUUUAUUUCUUGGAAAUUUUUCAGAAUUGUCACUUGAUUAUUGUCAUUUAUUUCAGAUGGAAAUAGGAUUUAAAGUUCUUGCAUGUGUAAUUUGCGAAUUAUUUUUCUUUUAACAAAUGGAAGUAAAUUUGCUUGUUCUAGUAAAUCUUAAUUUUAGAUUUCCCAGAUACCUUAAUUGUAACUAUCAGUGUUGCACUGGUCAAUAUGUGGAAACAUAUUGUUUUAUCCUGCUACUUACAAUUAUUUGAAAGUGAUCUUGCGGUGAUGAAGAGUUUAUGAAAAAUACAUUGUAUUUCUUUUGAUGUUACAAAAAGUAGCCCAUGUAAAACUGAUCUAUGAAAACAUGCUACAUGUCCAAAAAUAAAGACCAAAAUGACAU